GUGCUUUCAGUCUUCGACUAGCCAUCAAAGUGAGCAGAUGUAAAAUUUACCGUUAGCGAAUUGUUGUGAUUGCACAGAAUCAAAAUAAAGAAGGAAAGUACCGUUGUGUUAGUGACAGACCAGUGUGUAUAAUCUGCUACUAGAAGAGUGAAAGAUUCUCCAAAUUGAAAGUGAUUGAACAUCCAAUUAUCAGCCCUAAUCAGAACUAGCUUGUGUUGUGGCGCCGUUGCGUCAUAGUUCUUAUCCCAGAAAAAGCUUGAGUGAUUAUAAAUUCUAGUGUCCAGCAGGCGAGCGAUCUCAGUUUCGCACAGGAAGUUACUCGAGAAACCUAACCUCACUUUUCGUUUUGUUCCUCUCGCGAGGGUGAAGAAGUCGUGACACAGAAGAGAAAAUUCAUCAGCCUCCGCCAGUAAGGAUUCCGGUUUUUCGGAUUUGUCCUCGUUUGGGUGCGUUUUUUGUUUCCGUUCGACUUGCAUCGUAGAACCUGGUAGAAUUCGGCAAAACCGGUUCAAUCGAAUCAUCGAGAGACGACGCCGUGGGGGAGGAGGACCGUUCCACACUCUUCUGUGUGCCGUGAUUGAUUACAUCACCGAGAAACGACCAGCUAGCGAACGCAGCGAGCAGGCCGCGCGAGAGUGUUCAGCUCUGGCGGAGCACCGCCACCCUUUAGCGUGGAGCGCUAGUGCUUGGCCCUUUCUCGGGCAGUGUGAAAGUUGCUUUCCGUGUUAAAUCAAGUUCAGGUGAUAGAAUGUGACUGUCCGCGCGGAUUUUAUAUUUUUAAUCCCGCGUUUUUCGAAGAAAGUGAAGAAAGUAAACAUACACAUUUCCGCCCGAAAGACGUACUACGUUGUGCAUUUGGGAAAAGAUAUUAUUUGAAGAUUGCAAACGCAAGGGACCUUAUAAAUUAUAAGUGAAAUAAUUGCUGGUGGUAGUAGAGAAGUACUUGCGUGUGUAGGACAUUUACCACUACAGUGCGGCUGAUAAGGAGGAAAAAAAAGUAUUACCACUGUGUGAGAGUUUGUACAUUUCUUUGCUCUUAGUGACGAUACACGGUGAAGAAAAACUGCCAAGAAAAGACACCGUCGGAAAAAGUAUGUCCCAACGUGAUCGAGAUACAUUCAUUCAUCUAUUCGCUGGAGGUAUCGCAGGUACUGCUGGCGCCGUAGUAACAUGCCCGCUGGAAGUGGUCAAAACUCGUCUGCAAAGUUCGUCCGCAUCGUUUAUACAUAGUAUACCGCCUCGUAUUGCCCAAUCGACAGCAGUAGCAGCAGCAGCGUCCAACGGAGGGUCCGCCGAACGUGGGAAACUGAUCGCCACCGCCGCCAACGAGCACCACCAUCAGCUGCGAACCGCGACGACCAACUCGUCGGACCACCAUCACAACCAUUCCAGCAACAGACAGCGAGUAUGUCCCAGUUCCAUUCUCAGUCGACGGCGCCCAUCGAUCCUUGCGAUACCGCAGUGUGGCCUCUCGACGUCGGUCCAAUCGAUCUCGAUCUGGCAAUGCCUGAAGCACAUCGUACAAACCGAAGGCUCCCGGGCCCUGUUCAAAGGCCUAGGCCCGAACAUCGUCGGCGUGGCCCCGUCCCGGGCGUUCUACUUUUGUGCGUACUCUAAGACCAAGAAUACACUGAACGCGGUUGGUAUCAUUCCAGCCAAUUCACCGCUGGUGCACAUCAUGAGUGCAUCGUGCGCCGGAUUCGUAUCGGCCACCCUCACCAAUCCGAUCUGGUUCGUCAAGACCCGGCUCCAGCUGGACUACAACUCCAAGUCCAAAAUGACCGUGACGGAGUGCGUGAAGCGAAUUUACGCCACGCAGGGCAUCCGAGGCUUCUACAAGGGCAUCACCGCCAGCUACUUCGGCAUCUCGGAGACGGUGAUCCACUUCGUGAUCUACGAAGCGCUCAAAAAGAAACUGAAUGAGCUACGCGAGGCGCACCCGACCGACAAUAAGACGUCCCGAGAUUUUCUCGAGUUUAUGGCGGCGGGCGCCACGUCCAAGACCAUUGCCUCGGUUGUGGCCUACCCGCACGAGGUCGCCCGAACCAGGUUGCGCGAGGAGGGCAACAAGUAUCGCAGCUUCUGGCAGACGAUCCACACCGUCUGGAAGGAGGAAGGCAAGGCUGGACUGUACCGUGGUCUCGGCACCCAGCUGGUCCGGCAAAUCCCGAACACGGCCAUCAUGAUGGCCACCUACGAGGCCGUCGUCUACGUACUGACCAACGAAAUCAACCCGACCGAUUUGAUCGUCGGCAACUGAGAGCGGGAGUACUGCCAGGUGGCGGCAGCGGAAACCAACUGCGAUCAGUGUUUUCCGGCCCUGGCAGCGUUACUAUUUCGUGAAAGGAGCAGCAUCAACGGCAUCAACAACAGUAGUAGUGACGGAGCCACCGGAGGAGAACGUGUCGAAGCGGGAGCGUCGUUUGGCUUGCUCGAGCUGGACCACCCUGCCUUCAUUGUACAUUGUAUUUGCGAUUUUUACGUAGAUCAGUAAAGUGUGAUCUACACGUGUACAGGAUUUUUGGAAACAAGGUCGGAUGGGCCGGCGCAGGUGAAAGAGUCAGGUGUAAUUGUUCUUUUUUUUAUUGCACACCGUUGUUUAUAUAUAUACCACGUUAUUUAGGGAUAUUUAUAUAGAGAGAAGACAUUGAUUAUAUUUUCACAAGGCGAACAAAUUUAGACUUUAAGAACCUUUGGAAGCAGUAGUGGAUGCUUCGUGAACGAAAGAACGAUUCAAAAUGCGCGAGUAAAAUGAGCGCGAGCUUCAACUGUACAAGUGAAUAACAUAGAAGAUUACAAAUCUUGAAUGACCGAGAGACUGAUCGUUUUUGUUUCGGCGAAAUCGUUUUUUCGUUAUUAUUUUUCGGUUCUACGGAAGAAUGCUUUUUUUCCUGGUUUUGUUUUUCUAUCCUUUGAAUUGCCAAUUCGUUUUUAUUAGUUUGAAAUUGGUUGAAAGAGAAGAACAAAACUUCACUAUACUGCUAAACUUGUUUGGCAAAAUCUGUUUUAGUUGUAGGAAAUGCUAGUUUUAGAGAAAAGAGUCAGAUGAAGUCAGUAAGAAAUUAUAUUAAUUUUUUAUUUGAACUUCUCUUCGCAUCCUGUUUUGCCAUGCUUUGAAUACAAAGACUAAAACAAUACCGACUUCUGUGUUACAGUUUCAGCAAAGGAUUCAUCUGUGAGUUGUACCGAAAUCCCAACACCAAAGUCGGUUAUUACGUUUAGUACAUAGCUUCUAGUACAAAUAUAGGUGUAAUUCCACUAUGGAUCAAGCCAAACUCAACCAAAUCUAGAAUCUAGAGAGAGCAAAUUAUUAAUAGAAAGCAGCAUCCCCGACGCAGAAGGCACAAAUUGAGCUAUCAUGGCGAAAGCAUUUGACUUUCAAGACGUCAAAGAAAUUUCUAAGGUUUCCGAUUUGAUUGAGAGCUUCACGCACAAUAUUUGGACUGGAUGCCAUCGGGAACGGGAAUUGCGAAAGUAUAAUUACUCCCAACAAAGUUGUAUACUGCUUUCAUCGCUAGCCCCUUGAUUGAGGCAUUUGUUUGGUUUCUCAUCAUUUGUAGUUUCGUCUAAGUGAAAGGCUCACUUAUAGGUAUUCGAUAGACAAUAUGGUAAAUGGGAGUCUGUGGGCUGAAUGCACUUACUAGAAACGAUAUAUUUAGUUAAAGUAACUUAACCGAGCGAAUGGCGGUCGUUUCGCUAAAAUACGCCUUUAUUGCAUUGAAUUCAUAUCGUUACUAAAACAACUUUUCGGUUUUAAAUCAAAGUACAGGAAACGACUGUCUUUCGCCGGUUAAGUAACUUUUAGAUGCUGUGAUUUACAUUACUAUUGACUUUUAGCGUAAUAUUCGAGGGCUCUGCUAGCUGAGCAUCAAACAAAAUAAAAUACCUAUCCAGCACUAAAGCAGCAUUAGGUGACUAGUUGUCGAGAAGCACGUUAUUCUACGGAAAGUCAAAUAAGAACAUGUAAUUGAUAAUUAGGUACCAACUUGACAACUUGUUGUUUCGAACGCUCAAAUCUAUUGUUCCACUUUAGCAUUGCACAACUAUCGGUCAGUACAGGCACCUUUCAGCGAAAACACUGAACUAAUCUAUGAAAGUACAACGACACAAAUAAACAUCCAAGUAUCAUUAAAAUUCACUGCAAAAUAACGAACAAAUUGUGCCAAGGAAAUUUGUAGACCUUUUGAAAAAAAAAAAAAAAGAAAAACAACAUAUUACACCAUCCAGUUAGCGACAGGGAAAACAGGCAAAACACAAUUAUUGUCGUCUGACCAGGUCUGACCUAUCGCAACAGAUUGCGGAUUGCGUCGCACGGUGACCGACCGGCAGUUUUUGUUUUUGCAUGGCAGCCAAAAACGAUGAGGUGUCGAUGGCCUCGAAGUUUAUUUUCAUCAUCUCAGUCUCAGUCUUGAAAAUGCUUAGCCGCUGAUAAAAUAUCUAGUGCAGAAAAUUUUUCUCAUUUAUGACGACUUGGCACUAUCGAACCUACAAAAAAGCUGAUCUAAUUAGAGCCGGUUGUAACAGUGUAUAUUGUGGACACUAAUAGACCUCCAUUAUACUUUGAGGUAGCAGAUGAUGGGAGAGAGAUGUUCGAAAAGAGCAGGAAUGUAGAACAUCAUCAAGUCACAAGAAGAAGGGAAAACAUUAAAUUAAAUAUUGAAUAACAGGCAAAACUAAGCUAAAAUACCGCAAAACGCUUAAGGAAAAAUGAAUUUUUCAUUUUUGUUUUCAUAUUGAAGCAAAACAUGAUAAAAGAAAAGAAAUGAAAAAAAAACAAGUGUAUUGAAUUGUUUAUUUUAUGAAAUAUAUAUAACAAUAAAAGUGAAAAAUUA